GGCAGCCAGAGCACCUGGAAAACGCAUUCACCACCAAGAUCGCAGCUCAAAUGUCUUUGUUGUCAGCAAACGAGUCGGCCCUCCCGCCGCCCGAGGGCCAAACAUCCAACUUCACCGACCCGACCACGUUGAUGCCAGCAGUCAUCGUAACAGCUGUGCUGGUGUACUUCAUCACGACGGCAUCAAUAUGUGCACGUCUGCUGACCAAGAUCUAUAUCAUGCGCGAGCACCAUAUCGAAGACUUCUUGAGCUAUUUCGCCUGGGCUGGCCUGAUGACCUACACGUCCUUAUUGGUCUACAUUGAGAAUUACGGUCUCGCACGACACAUGUGGGAUGUACCUCUUGUGGAGCUCCCGCACAUGCUAUACUACGUCAAUAUACUCUACUGUCUCUACGGCCCAACUACAGCGGCUGCUAAGCUGUCGGUGCUGUUCCAGAUCAAGCGCAUCUUCGCGAGCAGGAGCCAUAAUCGAGUGUGGUUGGUUAUGGUAAUUUCGAUUGUGCUGAACGUCAUCUUCUAUGUUGGGUUGUUUUUGAGCUACGUUUUUGAGUGCUGGCCGCGCGAAAAGAUCUGGAACAGCGAACUGCCUGGAACAUGCAUAAAUGGCAAUUCAUCCAACCUCGCAGCAGGAAUCUUGAACUUGAUAUCGGAUACCGAGGCUCUUCUGUUGCCUGCAUGGGCGAUUUGGCACUUAAAUAUGCCCGUCAAACGCAAGUUGAGUGCAUUCGCUGUAUUUGCCGUCGGCUCUCUAGCAAUCGGAAUCGGCAUUGGCGGCAUCUACGUGCGCGUACUCGUCCUUGAAAACGCCGACUUUACAUGGAUAGGCACCAAGCUCGCGCUGCUGGUCAUCUCAGAGAUCGCCGUCGUCAUCACGGUCGGCUGCUCACCUGUCCUCCCACGCUUGUAUGUUUAUCUGCGCGGG